GAUAUCAAAUGUCUAGAGCUAUAUAGGCCUAUUUUACAGUUCACUCCUAUAGUCUGUUGCUACGUAGAUGGUUUUUGCGAUAAACACGGCAUGUAAGUUAUAUGAAUGUGGCCCUUGUGCCUUGGCAUAGCUAUAUAUAGCUGAUUCAAGUUGUCCGUGGUUGGCAUGCCAGACUGCGGUUUUAACAGGAUUCUCUUCAUAUGAUCGCCUAUACACUCGUAUAAUCCUGCAAACCUAACAACAGCAGCUGGUGGUUUCUCUGGACGGUAUAUAGGAGUCAGCAGUGGACUGCGCAGUGUGAUACUAUAGCCAUGCUGUAAUGAGGGCAUGGGGCAAACUUCGUUUUAGGACAGACUGUUAGUGACUUACACAGGGUAUCAAUAAGGUUGUGGACAGAUAACAUUAACAGAUAAUGUCUUCAACGAAGAUAGGUGUAAUUGGCGCGGGGGUCAUCGGGUUAUCGACGGCUUUAAACAUUGUUGAGAGUAUUCCAGAUGCGGAGGUCACCAUCAUGGCGAACAUCUUUUCGCCCAAUACUACAGGAGAUUAUUCUGCUGGGCUCUGGGAACCGUUUGUGACCAGUGGAGCAAACAUACUUCGAUGGUCUAAAGUGACCUUUGAUCACUUGGUCGAACUUGCGCAGUCGCCUUUGGCGGGAAGAAUUGGUGCCCAGUUUUGUUCCGGAUACCAGUUAGGAGAAUGUAACAUUAAUUGGUCCGAUAUUGUGUUGGGUUUUCGACCCAUGACGAAAGAGGAACUGGCGUUAUUUCCAACUUCCGGAGUGACGAUGGGGUCCUUUUUCACCACGGUGAUGAUUGAGUGUUCCAUGUAUCUCCCUUGGCUUAUGCAUCGAUUUAAAGAGAAAGGAGGUCUAGUCUUCCAUCGGAGAGUUAAUUCCUUUGAAGAGAUAGCGGACGAGUUUGACCUGGUUGUGAACUGUGCUGGUCUAGCUGCCAGGGACUUGACCAAUGACAAUACUCUUAAGGCAAUACGUGGACAAGUGGUGAAGGUCCUCGCUCCGUGGAUUAAACAUUUCGUAGUGUUGGAUCACCAAUAUGACCCGGGUCACGUAGCCUAUGUGUUGCCAGGAGCCAAAGCAGUGACUGUUGGUGGAACAAUACAGGAAGGCAACUGGGAAGAAACGGUUGAUGAAAAAGACAAACUUGGCAUCUGGAAACGCUGCACGGAGCUCCUUCCAAGUCUAACGGAGGCGAAGUAUUUGUAUGACUGGGCCGGGUUACGUCCUUUUCGUCCCGAAGUAAGACUAGAAUUGGAAGAGCUUAAAACUGCAAAGGGCAAACAGCUCCCGGUGAUUCACAACUACGGCCACGGAGGAUCGGGUGUUACCCUUCACUGGGGGUGUGCCUUGGACGCCGUCGCGAUUGUCAAAGACACCAUACAGAAAUAUUGUACAAAGAGCAGGUCUACACACCCAUCCAAAUUAUGAAACACUUUGAACUCUUGUGGCGCAGGACCAACUGAUAACGUCUCCUUCAUGUCAUAAGUGUAACUUAAUUUGAAAAUUGGAUUGUGUGCAGAGUCUUUAAAUUAUGAUUGUUUCCGGGAUUUAUAUGUGAUAAUGGAAGAAUAACAUUUGCAUCUGCACUAAUUUUGAAAAAAGUUGAAUCUGUGAUAAGAACAUCUUACAUCGUAUAUAUGAAAUAAGGAAAAUCGAGCCUUCCAGUACUUUUUUUGUACUCUACUACUUAAUCGCCAAUAAUAUGAUAUGAGGACGUAUGUUCUUACUUCUAAUCUGUACUCCAAAGACUGACUUAUUUGUAGUUACUUAAAAACUACAAGCAUUUGGCCCAGUAUUACAGAACUUCCAAAGCUCAAUAAACUGUUAAUGUCGUUAGUUUUAUGAGGAAGAUUGACUUAGAGUGAUUUUCGAAAACCUAAAGCUUGAAAUUUUCGUGAAACUUGCUCAUGGCAUUUGUGAAAUGAUGAAUCAUUUAACAAUUAAGCUGUUAAGUUUGUACACAAACGAUGAAACAACUACUGCACCAACCGUUUGGUGAUUGGCACAGUUGAUAGUAUUAAAUCAUUAUGGUAACAACCAAAGAGCACAAGAAGCAUAAAAAAGGCUAGUACUUGGAAUGAGAUCUCUUUAUAUUAAAAAAUAUGAGUACAGAUGCACCCGCACAAUGGGAAUGUUGUUCAACUGUAAAAAAAAUGUUUUACAGGAAAAUGAAUAUUUACUUUGUUUUCUCCAUAAAUAUAUUGUAUAGAAAUAAUCAGAAUAUGUUUUCUUUUUAA